AUGAGCGAUAAGAGCCCGAGCGCCUCCGACGAGGGCAUCGCACCUCGCCCUGAGAAAGAAGACCUCGAAGCAGCCAAAGUGACAACCUCAACCGAGCCGUCCUACAAAGACCCAGAUCUCGCCACAUGGAGAGGACCCGAUGACCCAGAGAACCCCAAAAACUGGCCCAACGGCCUGAAGUGGAAGAACACCUGGAUCGUCUCCCUCUUCGUCCUCAUCUCACCCGUCUCAUCAUCCAUGAUUGCCCCGGCCAUGCAAGAUCUCGGCGACAACCUGGGGAUGCGCACCAACGUUGAGGUGUACCUCUCCAUGGCCAUCUUCAUCCUCGCCUACGCCAUCGGCCCCAUCUUCUUCGGUCCUGCUUCGGAGCUCUACGGUCGUGUGAGUCUGCUUCAGGUCAGCAACGCGUGGUACCUAGCCUGGAAUCUGGGAUGCGGUUUCGCCAAGACCAAGGCUCAGCUGUUUGCUUUUCGCUUUCUUGCUGGCAUUGGUGGCAGCGCGCCGCUGGCAAUUGGAGGAGGUGCCAUUGGCGACAUGUGGAGCGCCGAAAAACGCGGCAAGGCCGUGGGCGUCUACACUCUUGGACCGCUCCUUGGACCUGUCAUCGGGCCAAUUGCCGGCGGCUUCAUUGCUCAGUACUCAACAUGGCGCUGGGUCUUCUGGGCAACCUCGGCUGCCGCGGUCGGAGUCCAAGUCAUCGGAUUCAUCUGGCUGCGUGAGUGUCACCCGGCCACGCUCCUACGCAAGCGACGCGACCGUCUUGUCAAGGAGACAGGCAACGAGAAUCUGCAUACCGAAGAGAAGCUUCUCCAUGCGUUUGAGCGGCCGGUGCUCCUGUUCACAACGCAGCCCAUCGUCUUGUGCAUGGCCAUCUACAUGGCCUACCUCUUUGGGAUAACGUACCUCAUGCUCGCAACGUUCCCCGAGAUCUGGACGGCGGUCUACCACGAGAGCCCCAGCAUCGGCGGACUCAACUACCUCUCCAUCGCCAUCGGGUCGUUCGCCGGCCUCUUCUUCAACCUCAAGUUUGUUGACCACAUCUACAAGACCCUCAAAGCGCGAAACAACAACGUCGGCAAGUUGGAAUUCCGCAUGCCGUCGUUAGCCAUCGGCUCCGUCCUCAGCACCAUCGGCCUCUUCUGGUACGGCUGGAGCAUCGGGAACACGCACUGGAUCAUGCCCAACAUCGGUGCUCUGAUCUUCACCGCAGGCACGAUUUCCUGCCUGCAGGGCAUGCAGACGUACAUCGUCGAUAGUUACCAGACCUACGCAGCCAGCGCUAUGGCCGCCUGCGCGAUCCUUCGAAGUUUGGCGGGCUUUGGGUUUCCGCUCUUUGCUCCGUACAUGUGCCGGUCUCUGGGCUAUGGAUGGGGGACUAGCGUGCUGGCGUUCGUUACCGUGGGUAUUGGCUGGAUAGCGCCUUUUGCGUUUUAG